ACGCACCGGAACACACGGAAGAAUGAUAGCACUCUCUGACUAAUUGUUGCUUUGGAUACGGAGAUCUCUCCCCUUCCCCUGCAUCCAUCUCCCCCGCAGCCCCCCCUCCCGGUGCCAUCGUUGGAACUGAAGCGUGCAUGCAUGGGCUCGUCUGAGCUCACAGCACACUGGAGCCACUGCGUCCCUCUUUCUUUUCUGCGCAUGGAUUCAAAAGGACCUUUUUUUUUUGCAGCCCUGAUACUCAUUUCUUAAAAGAACCAGAAGAAGCAGAAAUAAGGGGGGGAAGGCUGAUGUGCCGCUGAGGGUCUGGGAAGCGUGCUGGUCACCUGGAGUGUUUCCACUGACACGAAGCUGCACCAACUUAUCAACACUGUUGCAUGUCGCUGGCACGCCGGGGAUUUAUAGCAAGUCCCGACAGCGGAACAAAGUUGUCCAUCACGCAAAGAUGCAUGCUGAAUCUCAAUGAUGUUCCGGACUUCUUCAUCACAAUGACAUUUGGCUGAAACCUUUCUGGGCCAACACUCUUUUUGCAUGAUCUGCAGCAGGUGACAACCUCAGCCCAACUAGACUCUUGCCUGUUUUUCUUUAAAAAAAAAGACUCGGUUCAGUUCUGGGAGAUGGCUGCGAUCGCCAGCUCUCUGAUCCGCCAGAAACGCCAGGCGAGGGAAUCGAACAGCGACCGCGUGUCCACGUCGAAGCGUCGGCCCAGCCCCAGCAAGGACCCCCGCUCGCUUUGCGAGAGGCAUUUUUUGGGGGUCUUCAGCAAAGUGCGCUUCUGCAGCGGCAAGAAAAGACCCGUGCGCCGGCGACCAGACGCACCUUCGAAACCUCCACAGGUGUCCCAUAAGGGCUGCAGGCUAGAGCCACAGCUGAAAGGCAUCGUGACACGACUGUUCAGCCAGCAGGGCUUCUACCUGCAGAUGCAGCCGGACGGAACCAUCGAUGGCAGCAAGGACGAGAACAGCGACAACACCCUGUUUAACCUUAUUCCUGUGGGUCUGAGAGUGGUGGCCAUCCAAGGAGUGAAGAGUGGCUUCUACAUCGGCAUGAACGGCGAGGGCAUGCUCUACAGCUCGGAAAUGUUCACGCCCGAGUGCAAGUUCAAGGAGUCGGUUUUCGAGAACUACUACGUGAUCUACUCGUCCACUGUGUACCGGCAGCAGGAGUCGGGCCGAGCCUGGUUCCUGGGCCUCACCAAGGAGGGCCAAGUCAUGAAAGGCAACCGGGUCAAGAAGACCAAGCCCUCGUCACACUUUGUACCCAGGCCCAUUGAAGUUUGUAUGUACCGAGAGCCGUCGCUGCACGAGAUCGAGGACAAGCACCGCUCCAGGAAGAGCUCAGGGACGCCCACCAUGAACGGAGGUAAAGCCGUCCAGCAGGAGUCCACAUAGCAGCGGAAGGGAGGGGCUUCAACGGAGGGGCGUGGCCUGACACUCACUUCCUGCCCCCUCAGAAGUUCGCUUCCUCUCAGAAAUAGAGGCGUCGUCGUGACGACCGAGGAGCUACUAUGGUACACUUGAGACAAAACAAUCUUGCCUGUGAAAACUUUUAGGAGAAAUAAUAUGAAAGCAGAGAAAAUAUAUAUCUAUAUCAACAUUUUCAAUCAGGACUUGACUAAUAUUUUAUGCAAAAAAGAGAAAAAGCUGUGACACAAGGAAAUGGAGCUUGUCUGUCUUCACACAAAUAAUUGUCAUUUCCAUUUGAUGCUGUGAAAACAAAGCUUUAAUACGUGUUGAUAUGUGGAUUAUUUUGAACAUGUUACGUUUGCAGCUAAUAACGCACGCCAUCGUGCUGUCAAACUAACCAUCGUGUCUUUUUUCUGCGUGGGACUAAAUGACAGGUUUGGUUAUUUUUUAGUUUCCUCAUGGAUCCCACAGGAAUGUACUUGGCUAGUGGGAGAGCUUCAAAUGGAUCUUCUCAGGUGUGUGCUGUUAGUGACAGGAUGAGGCCGGCGUCAGAAGCAAUAUGAUAACCGGGUAUGUCUUUAGCUUGUAUUACUAGCAGGUUUCCAACAUGAAUGAAGUAUUCAAUACGCUGCUAAGGUGAGAGUUGAAUGUCCAGGCAAGGAACCAACAUGCAGAAUAUACUUCCAUUAGGUAACAAAAAUGUGAUUUUAUUGUUCAAAAACGCUUUCCUGGCCUUGUGACCAAUGAACUGUGGCGGUGAACUUGUUUUGGCAGAGAGUGAACUGGUGUAACAAUGCAGAACACGUCAUGAAAUAUGUAGUGAUGGGCCAGCCAGCAUUUUGCCUUUCUCCAAGAAAACUGCCCCAUGCUUGCGAUGUUUUAGGCACGAAAAGGACAAAAGGGAGCAGAUGGAGUGGGAAGAACACACGAGUUUGCAGUGAUCACUUCCUUAAAGGUGUGUUUGAAGUACGGUUAGUAUUUCCCAUUUAAGUGAGAUUGUUUGUAUUUUAUCUUGUUUCAGAGUUCUUCAAACGCUUUUUUGCUACGAGUGUUUCGUAAAGCAAAUGUCAGCAAAACCUAAAAGAGUUAAGUUGUUACCAAAUCAUAAAUUAAUCUGUCAGCACAUAUGCAACAUUGAGAUUUAUACUUAUGUUUUGAUAAAGAUGUGGGAAAACUCGUAAACGGCGCGUGCAACAACAACAACAACAAACAUGGCAGUAGACGCCAACUUAAAUCAGGAAUGACCUAAUCCGGGAGAGUCUUGAUACCAAUUUCCUUGACUCAGACCUCCAUUCUUUUCCAAGUUUGUAUCUGUUUUGUCGUGACGUCUGGAGCACCAGUUAGUUCGACAUGUCUGGGAACGCGCACAACAGAUAAUCCUUGAGAUCACUUGACAAACCUUUUGUUGGUUCCAUUGCGUAGCUCGAUUUUUUUUGCUUGUAUUUGCUUUUAGUGGUAAGAUCUAGUCCCUUUGCGUAUUCAAAUAGUUUGCACUCUGUUGGCUGCACAGUAGCCAUGUUGGUUUGUUGGCCCACCACUUUGUUUACUUCCAAAGUCACGUGACCGGAUACAACCUAUUCCCAAAACUCCAAUGAGGUGGUCUAAGUCAAGAAGCGUAUUCCAUCCUUUAAAGCAGCACAUGUAAAGAUGUGUCUAGUAGCCAUCACACAACAAUGGCUCUUCUGGGUGGAGUCAAAGUCAGACUCGUUGGUAGUGGAGCAUGAUCGAUGCAUGACUAGGAUGUUGUUGUGCAGUGUAGAGCCCAUCGCUCAAGAAUUUAGUAGGAUUUUAUGCAAAGGAUUUAUAUAUUUUGAUGAAAAUGAUAGCAGGGACACACUGAUAAGAAAAAAAAGCUCACAUUACAGAAUGAAAAAGUGUUAAUGAAUAAUGUUCACAUUUAAAGGCCUACUGAAACCCACUACUACCGACCACGCAGUCUGAUAGUUUAUAUAUCAAUGAUGAAAUCUUAACAUUGCAACACAUGCCAAUACAGCCGGGUUAGCUUACUAAAGUGCAAUUUUAAAUUUUGCGCCAAAAUAUCCUGCUGAAAACGUUUCGGUAUGAUGACGCCUGCAACGUGACGUCACGGAUUGUAGAGGACAUUUUGGGACAGCAUGGUGGCCAGCUAUUAAGUCGUCUGUUUUCAUCGCAAAAUUCCACAGUAUUCUGGACAUCUGUGUUGGUGAAUCUUUUGCAAUUUGUUCAAUGAACAAUGGAGACAGCAAAGAAGAAAGCUGUAGGUGGGAAGCGGUGUAUUGCGGCCGGCUGCGGCAACACAAACACAGCCGGUGUUUCAUUGUUUAUAUUCCCGAAAUAUGACAGUCAAGCUUUACUAUGGAACAGAGAGGUCAAGCGAACACGGUUGGAUUGGACCACACACACAAAGUACAGUGUAUUAUCCAGCGAUCAUUUCGAAAGAUCGUGUUUCGAAGAGGGUCCCUUGCGAAGGGCAACAGUAACAGUGCAAGACUAGGCCACAAGCUAAAACUAGUCUAUAAAUAAAUAACAUUUUACCAUUCUGUAUUCUGAAGGCGAUUUAUGUCGUGUGCUACUCCAGCAUCAAUAUCAGCAGCGUCCUCCUGACCGUCACCGUCAGCGUCGGGUUCAAAGCGGUAUGGCUCUAUUCCUUGUUGCGGUUGGGCCUGGCCGAGUGGUCCUGCCACGCCCACGGCUGCCACGGCGCCUCUCACAGCAUCUUCCCUAUCUGAAUCGCUCCCACUGCCCUCUAGUCCUUCACUCUCACUUUCCUCAUCCAAGAAUCUUUCAUCCUCGCUCAAAUUAAUGGGGAAAUUGUCACUUUCUCGGUCCGAAUCGCUCUCGCUGCUGGUGGCCAUGAUUGUAAACAAUGUGCAGAUGUGAGGAGCUCCACAACCGGUGACGUCACGUGCAUAUCGUCUGCUACUUCUGCUACAGGCAAGGCUUUUUUAUCAGCGACCAAAAGUUGCGAACUUCAUCGUCGAUGUUCUCUACUAAAUCCUUUCAGCAAAAAUAUGGCAAUAUCGCGAAAUGAUCAAGUAUGACACAUAGAAUGGACCUGCUAUCCCCGUUUGAAUAAGAAAAUCACAUUUAAGUAGGCCUUUAAAGGGAACUGGAAUUUUCCCCUAUCGUUCGCAAUCCUUAUGAGAAACAAAACAUGUUUUUUUUUUGCAUUCUAAUUUGUAAUGAUCAUCUCCUUCUAGAUGGCAUGAAUCCAUUCUGCCUCUAAAACAUUAAUACAAAAACCAUCAAUAAUACUUCAUUGAUGUUGUGUAACCUGCAUAAUGUUAACUAGAUCCACUAUGGACUGGAGUCUUACACUAUGAUCUAGAUCCACUCGACGUCCAUUGCAUUGGUCGCCCAGGGGGAGGGGGGGUCCCCACAUCUGCGGUCCCCUCCAAGGUUUCUCAUUGUCAUCCCAUUGGGUUGAGUUUUUUCUUGCCCUGAUGUGGGAUCUGAGCCGAGGAUGUCGUUGUGGCUUGUGCAGCCCUUUGAGACAAUUUAGGGCUAUAUAAAUAAUCUUUGAUUGAUUGAUUGAUAAUAACCAGGCUGUAGAGACAUUGUUAUUGUAAGAGAGAACACCAAGGAACUAUUUUUGUAGCGUACUAACACAUCACCGUGCUACAAUAUUAGCCGUAAACUAGCUUGUGCGUCAGCAGCUGAAUGGCAUUUGACCCUGUAAUGCACAACACAACGCGACAUCGUUCUCAUAACAUCACAACUUUAUUACCUUUUUUUGCAACUAUUCUCAAAAUAUGCCAACUUUUUUUUCCUAACUUUAUUGUUUUUACUUUACAACUGCAAUAUCGUAACAUUGCGACUUUAUUCUCACAACACUGCAAUUCAGUUUCACUCAUGAGACUCGAUUCUCGUAACAUGAUGACUUCAUUCUGGCAAUAUUUACAUUUUGACCUUGUAAUACUCCGAUUUUAUUGGGCUCACAUUAAGAUAUUCAUAAUGACUAACAAUAAGUUCUUGUAGUAACAUUAUGACUUCAAUAUAUGCUUAAUACUGAGACUUUAUUCUGCCAACAAUUGGACUAAACUGACAUUUUUGUUAUGCACUGAGAAUAAUUUGUAUUGUUUAAACUUGAAUCUGGUAACACCUUAAUAUUUGAACAUUAGGUUUAUUUUCAUCACAGCUUUAUUCGGAUAAGACUGUAGUUUGACAAAAUUACGUUACAACUUUCACUGAGUAACAUUAUGUUUCUAUUCUGAUAGUUUGGUGCGUAGUAAAGAUAUUUCUCAAUUUGUUCUCACGACUAUUCGCAAAGUAUUCAACAUUUUUAUUGUAAUGUCUUAUUUUUACCACUUUAAUCUCGUAAUACUAAUAUGAAGACAUUUUUUUCUCGUCACUAUAAAUAGCCCAACCUUCCCCUCAUAAAAAUACAACUUUAUCCUUCUAACUUUAGAAUUCCUUUCUUCUUGUCCGUUUUAAUCCAAUAAAAUAUAAUUGCUGGAUUCUAUUAUUUUCUAAUUUACUUUAUUCUCCAAACAAAGGGAUUCCGAUUUCUCUCGUAAAUUGAGGAUUUUCUUUCAGUGUGGACCCACUACUGCUUUGUAAAGCAAUCCUGUUAUGACACUUACAGUAGGGAAGGGAUUAUACAUCUCGCGUGAGAGGAAGAGGGGCGGGGGGUUAGCUCAUUUUGCAAUGCAGUCUCGCGUUGGUCAUAUUUGCAUAAAAACACAUUUUAAGAAGUGGCUAGUGCAACCCUCCAUUUGUCACGUUUCAUGUGUCAGGUGAACGGUGAUGAAUGAAUCCCCUUCCUACUGUACUUAGCUGGAAUUGAGUGAAGUUUGAGUGCUUACUUUCCCUUUGAGUUUCCUACUCGGUUCUUGUGAGAAGACAUUGUAAGCAGCACAGUGGGCGACAUGUGUAGGAAGGUUCAUGUUGACUCCACUUCCACAGUAACCUGGAGCGUAUAGUACAUGCAUUGUAUUCAAUGUGGUAAAGCAAUAUUCUAUCUUUUCUACAGAGGUUUCUAUUGGUGCAGAGUCAAAGUAGUGCAUGUUAAUUGGAUUACUCAACAGUGGAAGGAGAGGAUUUGCGGGGUGGAAAAAAUAAAACAUUUACAAGGAUUUGUUUGAAAAAGGCUUAUAUUGUAGGUGGUAUGAAUGAGUUAUUUUUAUGUUUCGCACCCAUAUAUGCACUAUGAAUUGUGAGAUGACAAAAAAUAUGCAUUGAUAAAGAAACAUCUGAAUGAAGUUAGUGAUUGUUUAAGAAUAAAAAUGAGCAAAAAGCACCGUUUGAGUGAUUUGUUGUGAAUGAUGAUGGUGAGUUUAAGUGUCAGUCUGCUGACCAAGCACAUCCAUCAGCGUUAAGGAGGCUCACAUUGACCAAAUCCACUCCCUAUCAGUUCAACCCCUGGAGUGAUUUACAGUCUCGCUUAAAUACGUCGCGUCAUUUUGGGACGGCGCGCCUUCGCCCUUAAUUCUCCCGUUGUCAUGGAAACAGACCUUCCGAGGAGGAGGAGGCUGACUUUCAGGACGUGUCUUCCCUCCUGCACAAUGGCUGCAUGCAGAGGACGCCACUUUGUCCUCUGGGAGUCAUGUUUGCAAGUGACUUUGUUCAAAAAGAUGUUUGUUGCUUUCAUUGUCAGCACUUUCUGAAGGAAAUUGUUUGGCAUUGGAGCUCAGCAAAUAAACAACGCGUGCACGGCUCUUCAACAAGUAGUGAACAAGGUGUGAUCACAAUGCAGUCUUUUGUCCCACGCCUCGGUCUGUCCUGCACUCCUGGGACCUAAACCCCUUUUCUCAUUCAAUUCAUUCAAAAAUAAUUGGCCUCUGCUCAAUUCAAGCUAACUGGGGCUUCUUUGAUGUGUGCAUUUAGUUGGCGGGAAUACAUUUGUUGUCUUCCAGAUAUGGGCCAGCUGCAUGAAAGUAAUGUGAGGACGUACUAUAUUUAUUUGAUUUGAUGCACGUGAGCACCCCGCUAGGAAUACAGCAAGCAAACACAUCCUUCCAGUGGGGGCUGUAGUGCACCCACUCAUCCGUCCGCCCACCUCCACACGUGUAUUUGUCCUCGCCAGCACGCACUAUGAAUGAUCACGUGUGCAUUUAGGAAGAGUAUUUAUUUACCUUCUACUUGUUUGUGCAUAAUGCAGGCUGGCCAGUGCAAUAGAAGGUGUUAAGAUUCUCUAUGAGUUAGGGUUGUAUUUAGG